AUGUCAAAUUUCGAAGCAGGGAAACUAUACGAGGCCGUGGUUGAGGAGGUAAUUGCAGACUCAAGGCAAGAUUUUGAGGACAGUGGCAUCGAUGAGUCAACUUUGCAAGAGUUAAAAAAACUUUGGUGUGAUAAGCUUAGUCAGUUUAAAGUGUGUCGUUUCAGCUGGGAUGACGAGAAUGAUGAGAGACAUCACAUUCAAGAAGGCGUGAUUGAUGAAUCAACUAUGAAGUCAGAACCACUACAACUAAAUGCAAACUUAGACUUGCCUAUUAUCCCAAACUUUCAACCAUCUACAUCGAUACCAAGUCUGGAUUUGACGAAUGGUUCCUAUAGUAUGGGUAUUGAGCUUCCAUCCGUCAAGCAAGAAAUUGAUGAAGGUGGAUUGGUUCUUCCCGCGAAUCAAUCUGAUGGGCCCUUUGAAAUGACCAUCAGUCUCCCACAGAACCGUGCACAGUCUUAUUUGUCAAGAUUGCGUGAAAAUAUGAAAGCUCAAGCAGAUGGGCCAGGCUCUCUCGAUGACGACGAUGACGAUGAUGUUUUUAAUGAUUCAGAUGACAUUAACUCGGAUCUUGAUGACGACUUAGACUCUGAAAAGUCGGAUGAGGAGGACGGAGACCAAGAGGGCCAAAUCAUGUUAUGCUUAUAUGAUAAAGUCCAAAGAGUGAAAAACAAAUGGAAAUGCAACCUUAAAGAGGGGGUCGCAAACAUAGAUGGAAGGGAUUACGUGUUUCAAAGAGCUGCAGGCGAAAGCGAGUGGUAA